CCUCAUAACUCGGAAACUUCAACACACAACAGUUCACAAAACUGCACUCAAACACAACACAAAACACACCAUGACCACUUCUUCUCCUGAAGACGUUCAUGCUUCUUCUCGCACUACUUCCUUAUUCAAAACCUGUUUCCAUGGCGUCAAUGGCAUUUCAGGGAUUGGGAUAGUCUCCAUACCAUAUGCUUUAGCAUCAGGAGGAUGGCUAAGCUUGAUACUUCUGUUCAUAAUAGCCAUCGCAGCGUAUUACACAGGAAUCUUAAUAAAACGAUGCAUGGACAAAGAUUCCACCAUAGAAUCUCUUCCCGACAUAGGCCAACGAGCCUUUGGAGACAAAGGAAGGUUGAUGGUGAACAUAGCCAUGAACUGUGAACUGUAUCUGGUCGUAACAGGUUAUCUUAUUCUGGAAGGAGACAACCUCAACAAGCUCAUAACACAUGUGCAUGUGGACAUAGGAGGGAUAAGAAUUGGUGGCAUGCAAUGUUUUGUUGUUCUUACGGCUCUGAUAAUUUUGCCCACUGUUUGGUUGCAAGAUUUGAGCCUUCUCUCUUAUGUGUCAGCCACUGGGGCUUUAGCUUCUACAAUAUUUCUCUGUGCUUUGUUGUGGAACGGUGCGUUUGAUGGGACAGGGUUUCAUUAUCGCAAAGGUGUUCUUUUUAACUGGAAAGGACUUCCUGCUGCUGCUAGCUUAUAUGCUUUUUGUUACAGUGCUCAUCCAGUUUUUCCAAAUCUCUACACUUCUAUGAAGAACAAACAUCAGUUUUCUAAUGUUCUUCUAGUGUGCUUUACACUAUGCACCUUAAUAUAUGCAGCAAUAGCAGUGCUGGGUUACUUGAUGUUCGGAUCAGAAGUUCAAUCAGAAGUAACCUUAAACCUUCCAAAAGGAAAAAUAAGCUCAAAGGUUGCAAUUUAUACAACAUUAGUGAAUCCAAUAACAAAGUAUGCUCUGAUGCUCACACCAAUUGUGGACGCCAUAAAAGCCACAAUCCCUUCAAGCUUCAACAAGAAGAAGGCCUCACAUUUAGUUCUGAGCACCGCCUUGCUCCUCAGCACCGUGGUCGUCGCCCUCGCCGUGCCAUUCUUCGGAUAUUUGAUGUCUCUGGUCGGAGCUUUGUUGAGUGUGUCUGCUUCAUUUCUGGUUCCAUGCGUGUGUUAUUUGAAGAUCUCAGGCAAUUAUAAGAAGUUUGGAUGGGAUAUGAUCGUCAAUUAUGCAAUCAUCCUUAUGGGAAUUUCUAUUGCAGCUGUGGGAACUUACACUUCCCUGGUAGAAAUAAUUAAACAUUUAAAAGUCUAAUUGAUUGGACUGUUAAUUCAGGAUUUAUGAAGUUUAAUUGGUUAAUAUGGUGUCAAUAUGAUUUGGUUCAGGGUUUAUGUAGAUUGGGCUUCUUUUAAAAUUUCAAGCCUUUGUACUUUAUAGAAAUUGUCAAAAACUCUUGUUUACUUGAUUGAUAUCAUGUUUUAAGAUUUUAGAACUUAACAAUGUCUUUUUUAUUUU